AUGGCUACGCCAAGCAGCUUUUCCCCAACCUCGACCAAAUUCUAUGCAGAACCCACCAUCUAUGCUUUGUCUACUGCUCCUGGCCGGGCCGCUAUUGCCAUCAUUCGCAUCUCUGGUCCAGCUUGCAAUGACAUCUACGACGCUCUCUGCCCAGGCCAAAAGCCCUUGAAGCCUCGCUACGCUGCUGUGCGUACUUUGUACCGACCUGGAGCUAAAGUCUCGUCCGAAAAUCUUCUGGACUCCAGUGCUCUGCUUCUUUAUUUUCCUGCUCCGAACACUGUAACAGGCGAAGAUCUUCUUGAGUUGCAUGUGCACGGUGGCACGGCUGUCGUGAGAGCUGUUCUGUCAGCUAUCUCACAGUGCUCAUCCGCGAUUGGUGCCAUCCGCUAUGCAGAGGCUGGCGAAUUCACUCGACGAGCUUUUAUGAAUGAUCGUCUGGACUUGACCCAGGUCGAAGCUUUGGGUGAUACGCUCUCUGCAAACACCGAGCAACAGCGUCGGUUGUCAGUUCGCGGUACCACCAAUACUCUCUCGCUUCGCUACGAAUCAUGGCGCCAGAUGCUUCUUGCAGCUAGAGGUGAACUCGAGGCUCUGAUUGACUUUUCCGAAGAUCAACAUUUUGAUGAGUCGCCAGCCGAACUGGCUUCUUCUGUUGCUGGACAAGUGCAGGACCUGGUUCUCCUGAUUGAUACCCAUCGCCGCAAUGCAAUGCGUGGAGAGCUUCUCAGGAACGGUAUCGCUAUCAGUUUGCUGGGCGCACCCAAUGCCGGCAAAAGCAGUCUUCUCAACCGUAUCGUGGGUCGUGAGGCUGCCAUCGUCAGUCAAGAAGCAGGCACUACCCGAGACGUGGUCGAAGUAGGUAUUGACCUAGGUGGCUACCUCUGCCGCUUGGGCGACACUGCCGGUCUACGAAGUGCUGUUCUUGCAACUCCUCAAGCUCAGAAAGAGCACAUGCAGGAAAAGAUCAGUAUGAUCGAGAAAGAAGGCAUGAGACGUGCCAAGCAGCGCGCCAUCGAAAGCGACGUCGUAAUCGUCGUCUUGUCCCUGGAGCAAGAAGGCAAGAAAGUAAUCUUAAGACCAGACCCUGAGGUCAUCGACACUGCCACCGAGCUUGCAGAACAAAAGUCGAAUGUGCUAGUCGUACUGAACAAAAUUGAUCUUCUUUCUGGCCACGCGUCCGAACUUGAAAAUCUGAGACGACAAGUCGCAGAUGCGCUUCCGCACGUCAGACUCGAAAACAUCUUUGCCAUCUCCUGCAAAGAUGCAGAGUCAUCAGUCUCGGUGGAUGCAGGACACAUUCCCACCUUCCUCUCUGGUCUCAUUCGACAAUUUGAGGAUAUGACUUCUGCAGUUGCAGCCACAGACGACGAUACGGAUCCCUCAAUCUGGCAAGAAUCGUUGGGUGCGACGGAACGCCAUAGGCUUCUCCUCGAUGAAUGCCAAUUCCACCUUGAACAGUUCCUUGCUCAAGUGGAAAUGGGCGCGCAGACUGGUGAAGGUCAUGGUUUUGAAGAGACGGAUGUCGACAUUGUCCUCGCUGCAGAGAAUCUUCGCGAUGCUGCAAAUUGCCUCGCACGAAUCACUGGCAAAGGCGAAGCUGGAGAUGUCGAAGAAGUCCUUGGAGUUGUGUUUGAAAAAUUCUGUGUCGGUAAAUGA